CCCCUAAUUUUCCCCAUCUUUCUAAGCCUCUUCAGUUCUUCUUCCGUGCGAAACUCUCCGUCGACCGAGUGCGACUGUGCGAGUGAGAGUGAAUCAGUGAGCCGCCGGGCGCCGGACGAGGUGAAGAGUUUCGACGCCUACUUCAUCAACGCUUAUUAACAACAGACAGACAUCCGGCGACAAGCUUUAGCAGUUCAGUAGCGCAGCCGAGAGAGAGCAUGCAGAUCUGCAAUUCCUUCUUCGCAAGAGUCCGGCAGUCCGUAAUCGAUCAGAAACGACUUAGGAUCCCGGGGGAAUUGAUUCAGAAAUACAAGGAUGAACUCUCUGACGUUGUCAAGUUCUGUCUCCCUAGUGGUGGUGAAUGGGGCGUGAACUUUAAGAAGAAUAAGAAAAUGGCAUGGUUUGAUGAUGGUUUUGAGAGCUUCAUGGAGGAUAACUCUAUUGGCAUCAACUACUUGUUGCUCUUCAAAUAUACAAAAAACUCGCGAUUUAAUGUCCAUAUUUUUGACCUGAGUGCGACAGAAAUUGAUUAUCCAUGUAACUCUCAUGGUGCUCAGAAGAGAUGUGAUCCCGUGAAGGGAAUCCCGGGUGGUGGUGGGUAUUGCAGCACUGGAGAUGAUGGGAUUGAUCAGUCUAUCUUUGGCUCUGGCAUGAAACGACAGAGAACAACCUCACCUGAAGGGCAAAGAAUUUAUCACUCUAAUGAAAGCAAGGUGAGAAAAUUGAAGGAGAGGAGUGUGAUUUUAGAUGGGAGUGAUGAUGCAAACAAACAUAACAUUCCCAAAAGGGAGAAAAUAGAAGGGAAUGUUGUGCUUCAGAACCCUCAUUUCGCAGUCAGGCUGACAGAAUGCGAUGUAUUAGGUAUAAAUAUGUACGUGGCAGCGGACUUUGCAAGAAGUCUUUUGCCAGGUAAACCUAGAUCUAUAUAUCUUGAGGAUGAAAAUGGGAAGAGAUGGAUAGUCAAGUGUAGAUUGAGGUCGAGGAGGGUGGGUGAUUUGACCUAUGGGUGGCGACUGUUUGUUCAGCACAAAAAACUAGUAGCUGGAAAUGUUUGUGUUUUUGAGUUGGUCAAGGAUUCUCUAGCUGAUAAACCUGUAUUGAAGGUGCACAUAUUCCCUUCCUGGGAAGACUUGCCCCAGAUUGACUCGCAUCAGUUCAAUAGCUAGGCUAUGUUGGGUUUUGAUUGUCCAAUUUUGACGUUAAUUGACCAACUCCUGGCUGUCAAGUCCUUUUAACAUUAUGUCAGGUCGGCUCAGGAGAUCAAUCUAAGUAUCUAAUACUCUCCUGCCAUUACUGGUUAUUGAAGGCAUUAGAAGUGAAGGUUGAAACACAUCUUUUGAUCUUAUCCUGGAGGGUAUUAGGAUUCUAGCUAAUGAUUUUUGUAAUGUAAGCUUUGUAUUUGUUAAACGACCCGCGAAUAGAGUUGCCCAUUUACUAGUUAAGGAAGUUGUAUUCAUAGCUAACCGUAAGGAAUGGAGGUCUACCCCUCCGGCCUUUCUUUUGGAUAUUC